CGAAACCAAACGAUACCUUGUGCAUCGCGAAGGAGCCGAAGACCGCUUCCAGUAUCUGCUGAUCCUACGGUGGUGUUCAUCGCUACCCUCCUGAGAAGUAACUGGUCCGGUGACAAUGGCCUCCUCGAUGCUAAGUGCGACGCAGAGAUACGCGGCAGGAGCGCUUCUGGCACUCGCCCUCCGCCAGGCUCAGAUCCAUCAGAUUCACCCCCUUGGCUCCGACGUCUCCGAAGUUGAUCCCAACGCAAGGGACAGGUGCAGCUCCGCUAGCGCCACUAGCAGUGAGAGUGACGGCGACGAUCCCGAACUCUGGACACAUCAGUCCCGAGGUCUUCUCCGCCCUGUUUUCAGGUUUUUGAACAUUGAUUCCAAGGCCUGGCUAGGAUUGGAGGAGACUGCUGGGUCAUCGGAAGUCACACAUCACAUAGGAGCGUAUAUGAGAAUGAUUUUUGAAGAAGACGGUGAAAUUUCUUCAGAGAAGGAUGAGCUAGAAUUCGCUUUAAAAAAGGGAGUUGAUGCCAUGUCAAUGAGCUUAGAAACUUCUUCUGGCAAGGUAUCCUGUGAGAAGCAUCAGAAUCAGGAUCAGGAAGAUUUUGACAAACCUACCUUAUUGGCAUCCCAUAAGAGCUUAGAGAAGACAUCAGAAACAUGUCCAACUUUGGAAAACAGAAAUUUGAAGGUGUCUCUUAAAAUGGAGGACUUACAAAAUCAGUUUGACAGCCAAUGCAGUGAAGGACCAAUAAUAACAGACUCUCCUUUUUAUCAAAAGAGGAGACUGGUAGUGUUGUAUGAACUCCUUUCUGCAUGUGUGGCCGAUAUACCUCAAGAUGACAAAAUAUCUAAGUUUCGAAAUGGCUAUGAUGCUAGACAUCGUGUUGCCAUACGGUUGUUAGCAACUUGGCUUGAUGUGAAGUGGAUCACAGUGGAGGCUAUGGAGAUAAUGGUUGCUUGCUCUGCAAUGGCUGCAGCAAAAGAGGAAGUACAGUCCCAAGAAAAUGAAUCUGAAAAGAGCAAAUGGUCAAAAUGGAAACGUGGUGGAGUCAUAGGUGCAGCUGCAUUGACUGGAGGAGCUUUGAUGGCUCUAACUGGAGGUUUGGCUGCUCCAGCAAUUGCUGCAGGGUUUGGUGCUUUAGCUCCCACAUUAGGGACUCUAAUCCCUGUUAUUGGAGCAAGUGGAUUUGCUGCCAUAGCUACUGCUGCAGGAUCUGUAGCUGGUUCUGUAGCAGUUGCUGCUUCCUUUGGAGGUGCACCUUUAACUUACCCCUUCUAG